AUGGAGAACCAACCCUUUGAAGAAGAGCAACAGUUCCAGCAAGCGGAGACGACCCCGCCGACGGACCAGGCCGUGACGCCCGGAAUCUUUAGGGCUCACCUGCCAGCGAACAUGCAGAGGGCCUUCGACCGCUUGCCGGAGCCGCUGCAAAGGCUGGCAAUCUUCCAACAAGUGACCAACAGCCCGGAAAUGAUGGCCGUGCAAUACGAGGCCAUCGUUACGAUGUCGACAACGUUCGACCCGGGACUGGCUCAGAACCCAAGGGCCAUGGAGCCAAAAGUCGGCCCUCACCCAGCGGAGAUCGCGGGCCGCCUAAAAGACUUAGGCCAACCGGCCAAGUACCAAGGCAACCAGAAAGGCAACGCUGCUAACCACUGGCUGUACGACGUCGACGACUACUUCCUGCGCCGCCAAAUGGUGAGCGGCCGAAGCGACGACGAGACGUACAAACUAGCCUUUGCCUCGGGCUUGCUGGCCGGAGACGCCCAUGUGAAAUGGAGGACGGCCAACCAGCAAGUAGACGCAGGACUUGGCGAACGGAUCACCACAUGGGAGAACUUCAAGGCCUGGGUUCGGACCAAGUUCGAACCAAGAACGGCAGAGUCAGAUCGCUUGCGCGAGUAUACGCACAAGCAACAAGGAAAUGACUCUCUAUCCGCGUACCACGCCGCCCUGCUGGAACUCUCCCGUAACUUACUAGAGAGCCCCUCGGAAAGAGGAUAUAUUCUGCAACUAGUAUCGGGACUGAACCCGACCCUCCGUGCAGAGUGGUUCAGGCAGCAGGGCCGACCCGAGACCAACGUCGAGGAAGCGGUCAACCUCCUGCUGGAGCUUGAACGAAGCGCGCAGGAAGCAACCGCGUAUGGCCGCCCAGCACGUUAUGUUAGGAAUGGGCGUACUGCCCCGCUUCCCGACGCCAUGGACCUAUCGGCCAUGCAGGACACGAGGACUUGCUAUAAGUGUGGCAAGCCAGGACACAUCAAAAGAAACUGCAAGCCACGUCGCCCCGACAAGCAAAAUGACGGGCUUAGCCAAAGCCGGAAAGGGCGGGACACCCAACGAGCCGUGAUGAGACUAAAUGCUCUCGGGGAAGACCUUAACUUCUUCGACGGCUCGCUCCAUCGCCCCGCCGCAGCCGGAAACCCCAUCGCUUGCCGUAUGCUGCUAGAUUGCGGAGCAAGCCAUACAUUUGUAUCGUUGAAAACCGCUCGCCGCCUAGGUGGCAAGUGGGACAAGCGCAGAUCGUUACCAGUGUCAUUACCGAACGGCGAGACCCUGUAUACCCAGGGUACGAUGGAACUGGUGAUUCGCCUGGGCAAGUGGACCGGUACGAAAGUGGUGUGGGCAGUCAACGUGGAAGGAUACGAUGUAGUACUCGGCAACGACUUCCUAUGCGAGCACGACCCCCACGUUAGCUUCCCCACGAAAAGGAUGUGGCUCACCGACCAUAAUGGAGAUCACGAAGUGCAGGCAGCGGACGGCCGUGCACUUAGUGGGGAGGAGAAAGGGACGUUGAACUUACUGUCAAAGAGGGAGGUCCGCCGGUCCCUAAAAGAUAAGAACACCGAGUACGCAGUCUUUUAUGCCACGGCGAGCGAGGACCAUGAACCAACGACCAACGACCCUCGCUUGGCCAAGCUGCUCAGGAAGUUCGCCGACGUCUUUCCCGACGACUUGCCGAAGGAGUUACCCCCCGAACGCAACUUCGUCCACCACAUUGAUACCGGUACCGCCGACCCGGUAAACAUGAAUGCUUACCCCCUGUCCCACGAGAAGCUCGAGGAGCUUAGGAAGCAAGUGAAGGACUUGCUGGAUAGGGGAUUGAUCCAGGUGUCAGCCAGUCCCUGGGGAUUCCCGGUGGUGUUCGUCAAGAAGCCCGAAGGAGCGUGGAGAAUGUGUAUCGACUACCGCGCCCUUAAUGAACUCACCGCUAAGAAUGGAUACCCCAUCCCGAGGAUUCAGGACUUGCUGGACAUCGUCGGCCAGGCCAAGUACUUGUCGAAGAUCGACUUGGCGGCCGGAUAUUGGCAAGUACGGAUGGCCAAGGAGGCAAUACCAAAGACAGCCUUCAACACCAUUUGGGGGAAGUACGAAUGGAGAGCAAUGCCAUUUGGGCUUUGUAAUGCGCCAGCCACCUUCCAGACAUUAAUGAACGAGACACUUCGCCCUUACCUAGGCAAGUCGGUCGUGGUGUACUUGGACGAUAUACUGGUAUACUCAAGGACACUUGCAGAGCACUACACCCACUUGGAGGAAGUGCUGCAGUGCUUGCGCAAGCAGAAGCUCUAUGCCAAACCGAAAAAGUGCGUGUUCGUCACCAAAGAGUUGGAAUUCUGCGGCCAUAUCAUCGGGGACGGCAAGAUUCAAGCCGUCACGAUGAAGCUAGAUGUCAUCAAGGAGUGGCCCCGGCCAACAAAUGUCAAUGAAGUUCGCCGCUUCCUAGGCUUGGCCACCUACUACCGACGCUUCGUCAAAGACUUCGCGAAAAUAGCGGUGGCCUUGCACAACUUGACCAAGGAAGCCGACGAGAAACUGCGCAAGCAAAAGUUCCGGCCGAUCACUUGGACCGAGCAAUGCGAAGUGGCUUUCAUACGCCUAAAGGAGGCACUUGUCAGCGCCCCAGUGCUUGUUCAACCUGACCGGGCCAAGCCUUUCACGAUAGAAACCGAUGCCUCCGAAUGGGCGAUCGGCUUUGUGCUCUGCCAAGUGGGUGACGACGGGAAGACGCACCCAGUCGCCUUCGACGGCCGCAAGCUAAAAGGCGCAGAGUUGAACUACCCAGUACAUGAAAAGGAGCUCCUUGCGAUCAAGGAAGCCCUCCGUACUUGGGACAGGUACCUGGAGAAUGGAACAAGGACCACGGUCAUCACGGACCACGAGGGUCUUCAAUACCUGGCAACCACGAGAGCGUACAGCAAGCGACUUGCUCGCUGGAUUGACGAGUUCCAGGCAUAUGACCUCGAGCUACGGUACCGGAAAGGAGAGGAAGCAAUUAUUCCCGACGCUAUUAGCCGGCGCCCCGACUUUCUCGGAGAGGGACCAGCUAAUAUGGCCUGGGAAGCACCUGCUUGGGGAAAACUAAACAUGAUGACAAAAGUGGGCGGAUUCGACGAAGCGGAAUGGCUUGCCGCCACCAUUCAAUAUAUGUCGGCCGGUAGCUUGCCGGACGACAAGUCGCUUCGCCGAGAAGUCAUGCGUUGGGCUGGCAAGCUCGCGAUACACGAAUCGCCCUUGCCGACAGCUGCAACGCAGGAAGAGAAUACGAAGCUUACCUACCUAUAUGGGGACGGAUCCUCCGCCCCAUAUCUAGAGCCGCCUUUCAGGAAGGACUUCCUGAAGCGGAUGCACGAGGAAUAUGGACACUUGGGCCACCCAGGCCUGCGCGGAGUGCUCCGUACCCGCGCUUGGUGGCCCGGAAUACGGCAGGACACCGAGGAAGUAGUGCGCCUUUGUCCGAAUUGCCAAGUGUCGAAAUCGAGAAAUGAGAGUUUCGAGCGAGAAGCGUCCCAGUACUUAGCGAGCGCGGGCAUCAAGCCUUUUGAACGAUGGGGCAUUGACCUUAUCGGCUUGCUACCCACGACGCCAAGCGGCAACCGAUGGAUUAUUACGGCGAUCGAUUACGCCACUGGCUGGCCACUUGCAAAAGCCUUGCCGGAGGCCACAGAGGAAGCUGUCGCCGAAUUUCUCCACGACGACAUCUUCACGGUGUAUGGCGCACCUGCGGAGUUCUUGACGGAUAAUGGCGCCAACUUGCUCGCGGCCUCGGUACAGUACUUUAUCAAGCUGGUAAAUGCGAAACACCGGACAACGACGCCAUACCACCCACGAACGAAUGGGAAGGUAGAGAAUCUCAACGGCUUGCUAGGACGAAUGCUCACUAAGUAUUGUAUGGGCAAGCCCACCAGAGUAUGGGAUCUUUACUUGGCCCAAGCCCUGUUCGCCACAAGGGUUAGGGAACAUGCAACGUCAGGCAAAAGUCCCUUUUACUUAGUAUACGGGACGCAUCCACGCUUGCCAGGGGAUACCGAGCCAGUAACCUCGUCCCGGGACCCGGCGGAGCUGGAUAGCAAGAUCCUCGCUGUUAAUCAUGCAAGAGCCGAGGCCAAUGAGAGAUUGUUGCACAAGGCCAUCCGGGCCCAGAAAAUCCAGGAUGAGAAAGUGACCACUUGCUCACUGCAGCCGGGCAAGUGGGUACUGGUUCGGAACGAGGCAAAACAGAAGUUCGAAUCACAGUGGUUCGGGCCGUAUAAGAUCCUGAAAGCCCACCCGCUUGGCACGUAUGCACUUGCUGAGCCCAAUGGCCGGGUACUGAGGAACUUGGUGAACGGCCGCCGCCUUGUCGACGCCUUUGUCGAUAACCCCAACCAGCUGUGGACGUCGUCAGGCGGCAAGCAUCGGCUUCGACGGGAAGGUAUGGAUAUUCGGCAUCCGCUCGAUGGCGGAGAAGUGGUUGAUAUGGACUCCGACGAACCGCCUAGUUACCACGAAUUAGCCACUAUUUCUCGAGCCGAGUGGGAUGCAAUGGAGCGUUCAGGGGUACGCUCACGCUUGGUGGGGAGGGAGGAAGUGCUUAGAAAUAUCGCAGCGAAAGCGAGGAAGCAACCACUACCCGCCAAGAGAACGAAAAAGACGGUACCUGCGCCGGAAGCAGAGGAUAUGGCGCACGCGCCGGAUGAAACGUUGCCGCAAGCGGCUAGGGUCCCCACUCAGCAAGUGGGGGAGACCCGAAGGAAAGGUCUAGAAAGCACAGUCCCUGCCCAAGGAGAGGUAGAGGAAGUCCAACAAGUGGACUGGACAACCACCCAGGGAGAGGUAGAGGAGUCCCAGCGAAUAGACCGGAUAUCCACCCAGGGAGAGGUGGAGGAGUCCCAACGAGAGGACUGGAUACCUACCCGGACAGAGGUAGAAGAGUCCCAACAAGUGGACUGGAUACCCGCCCAGGAAGAGGUGGAAGAGGUUCCACGAGAGAACCUAGUUGACGACAACGCCCCUGAAAAGGAUGGCCAAGGAGAUCAGCACAUGGAGGACGCUCCGACGCUGCAGCAAGUAUCUCCAUACCUUUUCCGCAGGCCACGUCGCUAUGCGAUGGAUUCGCAAUAA